AUGACGGUGGUUGUGAAUCUAUCAGACAAGAUAUUGAAUUCAGACCACUACUCCUUACUGAAUAAAGGUCUAUCUUAUGUUCCUGUUACUAAACCAGAUCCUUUCCACAUGGAAGUAGAAAUGUACAAGACCCAACGGAUCCUAUAUAGCCAUGAAAUCAGACGAGACAUUGUCAAGACUUCACCACACCCCUUUUAUAAAAGACAUCAGAAGGAUAUUCGAACACCAAAUGCAUCUAUCAAAACUUUUAUCCAAACG